UGUGCAAGUGAGGGCCGCGCAGUUCGCGCAUGACUUGGUGCUGAGAAACUGAAUAGGCCUCGCCGCUAGCAGCGGCACAAGGCGUGUGUGGUUUCACCACCUGCAGUCUCGUUUCAGGGGAUGUGGGCUGCCGCCGUCGCCGCUGUUAAGCCGUCGGAAACGUUCACUCCCACGAGUGUCUAGUACCGAAGAACGAAGUGGAUCGCUCACGUGACAGUGAGGGGCGACCAUGGAGUUCGAGAAGGUUCUGCGCGAAAUUGGAGGCUAUGGCCUCUUUAACAAGACCAUCGUCACCGCAGCGCUGAUGCUGUCCGCAUGGCACGCGACACUUUGCUACUUCGGUCAAGUGUUCAUCCACAUCACGCCAGCCAGCCAGUGGUGCUUCCUCAAUUACACCGGCGACGGCUCGACACCACCCGUGGACUUAGAGCAGCUUCCCCGAGGCCGCUGCCAGAUACUCCGGCAACAACCCGAUGGCCAAUACAGUAGCAAUGAUUCGGCGGUCACUGACAGCGGCAGCGAGUGGAUCACCUGCCCCACGAGAUGGUACUACGACAACAACGAGAUAUACACCACUGUCACCAUGGAGAACCAGUGGGUGUGCGGAGACAGCUGGAAGAUGUACGCCGUCCACACAGCAUACUUCACUGGGUCCAUAGUCUCCUAUUUAUUGUCUGGAUUCCUUGCCGACAGAAUAGGCAGGAAGAAGACAGUAAUCCUAGUCAUGCUCAUCGGAGCCACCGGAAACUUGCUGGGGACAUUCUUUCCCACUUUCACAACUUUCCCGAUUUGGAGGUUUCUGACGUCUAUGGGAUCUGACACUGUAUGCACCACCAUUUACGUCAUCGCCCUGGAGUACACGGUGAAGGAGAGGCGGACGCUCGUCGCCUUCCUGUGGGCUAUCAACUGGUCUGUGCUGGCCACUGCGCUGCCUUGGUACACUUAUCUCAUUCAGAGCUGGAGGGGCCUCCUUAUCACCAACACCGCUGUCGACGCUGUCCUGCUUCUGUCCCUCUGGUGGCUUCCAGAGUCUUCUGGAUGGCUGCUCUCCGUUGGCAAGAAGAAGAAGGCCCUCCAGACGUUUCAGAAAAUUGCCCGAUUCAACGGGAAGGAAGUCAGCGAGGAGCGCCUCAACGAACUAUUACAGGACCCAGCGUCCAAAGAUCCCCAGGGCAACGACCAAAAACAGAAGACCGGAUUCUGGAAGACAACGGUCGCAGUGGUCAAGUAUCCCAGGCUACGCAAGAUAGUCAUUCUAUCGUAUCUUGGUUGCUUUAUCGUGUGUCUGUGCUACAACUCGAACGCUCUCGGCCUGGGCCGAUUGGGGCUCAACCUGUACGCCAUCUACUCGAUCGCCAUCGCCUUCGAGAUGCCCGUCAACAUCCUGUGCAUCACGGCGCUGGAUAUCCUGGGCCGGCGUUGGCCCAACGCUGGGUUCAUGCUGCUCGGAGGAGCCGUGUGCCUGCUCAUGGCCAUCGUGCGAACUGAGAACCAGACCUGGACGUUGGUGAUGGGCGUCAUCUCGAUGAUGUCUUUCGCUGGAGGCUACAACAUCACGUUCCAAACAUCGUCGGAGCUGUAUCCCACCGUGAUCCGCGGUCGCAUUCUCUUCCUUCAGCGCCUCGUUGGCGACAUCGGCAGCCUCCUUGGAGCGCAAGUCGCGUCCUUGACCGAGUACGACAAGUACCUGCCCAUGAUGGUGAUGGGUGUGUUGAGCCUGAUCGCCGGUGUGCUGCUCUUCUGCCUACCCGAAACCCUCAACCAGGCGCUGCCUCAGAGCAUCGAAGACAGCGAGAACUUCGCCCUGGGGCAGUCGUUCUGCUUCUGCCCGCUCGUGUCCGCGCGAAGGAACCGCCGCAGGGCACGCCAGACAGAAGCAAAUGGAAUGGAGGCUAAAUCCUCACCCAACAACAGCGUUUUGCAAGCACGCUUGUGAAGUUAUCUAAUCAAUGAAGCCGUCGGGGCCAGCAAGGAUGAAACAGGCGCCAAACGAUAGCCAGAACGCCCGGUUACCGAGUCUUCACCGCUCGACGACGUCAGGGUGUGCUUUAAUUUAAAACACGUGCCAACUGACCAAAGAUGACUGCUAAGAAUGACUGAAGAUAUCCUGAAAUUAGCUUCUUCCUUUUUCCGGAUGUUUCACCAGGAGGUAGUUCUUUCUUUUUCUUUUUUGAUUGGCGGAAAUCGUAAGCCGUCACUGACUUCGGCAGCGCUGUUUGUGUGGCAGAAUCCCGGAUCGGGUAAAACGGAACACAUUCCGAUAACAAGUGCAGAGUCGAGAAAAAACUGACAAGAAAUCUGCGCCGUCGUCACACGUACGUCUAGCCGAGCAUAGCUGGCAUUGCGUAUGCAUUGCGAAUGCUGCCACGUGCUGACCUUGCUUGAAUGAUAAAGGUCGCUGUGAAAAUAGAAGAUGCAAAGCCGCCGACACCAAGAGGCGGUUACACAUCGCUGAAAGGUUCUUCAGGACUAUUUUACUUCUACCAAACAUGAAUCCGCUCGCACGUGUAACUGGUGUGCUUUCUCAAGGAGCCGUUGUUUACGACGGAAAGAAUGAGCACACGUGCGAAAUGAAGGGGACCAGACACGCUGCGAGCACGUCACAUCAGGGACUCAUCAGGCUGCGAGUGAAAACACCUUGACAAGGCCACACGCCCGUCUCUCUUUCUUCCUCGUCGCUGUUCGGCCCAUCGCCGGUUGGCAGCGUCUGAUGACGCGCAUCGUGAUUUCGUUCGACUCAGCACAAACGUCACGAAGCUGCUGCGACGCGCAUGUCUUCGUCAUCGUGCUGAAUCGUACAGCUCUCAGCCGCAGCCUUCUAAAAGCCUACAAGUGGCAGUCCCAGCCAAACAAAAGAAUCUUGUGCCGUGCCAAAUGUUUUGUGACUAAAAGCAAGCCCGUACCUUCGAAACGAUGGGCUGCUUUCUUCUUGGCCAUUGGUGGAGUGAGAAAAAAGAAAGAAAAAUAGCUGUGGUCACGCCAACGUACCUAACAUGCAAUCUAUCUUUGGUGGUGUUAGUUAGAAAUCGCACUCAAAAAAGCACGAGAGCCUUUUCCAUUUCUCUUUCUUUUUUAAUUUAAACUAAAGGGUGGAGAACGGGGAGCAGAUGGGAUACUUACCAUGUGUUGGAAAUGUUUAUGUCUCGAGAAUCUUCAAAAAGAGCCCGGCUUGGAAGACAUUUAUUCUUUCCAGUGUGAAUUUUGCUUUGUCGUGUCAUUUUGUUCUCGUUUUUGAUAUUGUUCACGUAUCCGCUAGUGAAUUUUAUUACAUAAAAUGCCUUUUUAAUGACUCUUUA